AUGGCGCUCGUCGCGGCCCUGGGUCUUGUGCUCAGCCUUCUGCCAUGGAGCACAUUGUCCCUCGCACUCAGUCUAAGCAACCAAACCCUGUCCCUCAUGGCAGGCAAUGCCACGAUGCCAGGACCCCCUAUCCCACCGCCAGCAUACAUGGUUGAUCAUUCUCACAACUACUUCAAAACUGCCCCGGACCGCUACGACCCCGAACUCGAGAGCCCUUCAUCAUCCGAUGUGACGGGGCUGAAGAUGAUUCCAAGCGGGUCAGACGAGUUAGAACGCAGGCAGUCCAGCUCAUACUGGCUGGCAAACAUGCAGCAUGGACAGGCACGUAUGCCUUUUGCGCCGUCGGGCUAUCGUGUAUGGCGUAAUGUCAAGGACUAUGGUGCCAAAGGCGAUGGAGUAACGGAUGAUACGGAUGCAAUCAACCUGGCCAUAACGGACGGCGGUCGUUGCGGCUUGGGCUGCGGCUCGACAACCACGCUGGGAGCUGUUGUGUACUUCCCGCCAGGCACGUACAUGGUAUCUUCGCCCAUCAUUCAGUAUUACUACACGCAAUUUGUCGGCGACCCGACGGUCUCCCCACGACCAACCAUCAAGGGCAUGUCCACCUUCAAAGGUAUUGCCCUCAUUGACACGGACGUUUACAUACCAGGCGGCAAUGGCGCCCAGUGGUAUAUCAACCAGAACCAGUUCUACAGACAGAUCCGCAAUCUGCGGAUCGAUCUGACGGAGAUGCCCAACGAAAACACCUCUGGAGACCAGACCUACGUGCCCACCGGCAUUCACUGGCAGGUAUCGCAGUCCACGUCCCUCCAGAACAUCGAUGUCGUCAUGCCUCUCGGCGGGGGAACGACGGCCGUCGGAAUCUUUACGGAGAAUGGCUCGGGAGGAUUCAUGAGCGACCUCACGUUCUUUGGCGGCAACAUAGGCAUGCGCGUCGGCAGCCAGCAGUUCACCGCUCGCGGUCUGAAAUUCCAGCUGCAGUCCGUGGCGGUGCAGAUGAUUUGGGACUGGGGCUGGACUUGGCAGGACGUCACCGUAGACGCGGCGUACAUCGCCUUUGACUGCACGAGCUUCGGCGGUGACGGGGGCCAGGGCACCGGAAGCUUGACAGUCAUGGACUCCCGCUUCAGCAAUGUCCCGUACGCCAUCACCGUCAGCGCGGGCUUCCGGCCGGCCAUUACGCUUGACAACCUCGUCGUCGAGGGCAACACGCCUUCCGUGGUGUUGGUGAGCGGAGGAGAGACGCUUCUCGCAGGCACUACCGGCGGUUCUGAGACUAUCCAAUCCUGGGCCACGGGUCGGCGGUACACCAGCCUCAAUGAUGUCGGCACGGACACAUCCGGGGACCUCGUCCCGGCUCCGAAUAAGCCGCCUGCGCUGUUGAACUCGGCGGGCCGUUGGUUCACCCGGUCCAAACCCCAGUACGAGACGCUGUCCGCUGGGUCUUUCAUCAACGCUGCCUCGUUCGGGGCCUCCGGUAGUGCUUCGGGCGACCAGAGCGCAGCCCUCAAUGCAGCGUUCCAGGCAGCUGCCAACGGAGCAGUACUCUUCAUCCCCGCCGGCAUCUACAUGGUGGCAUCGACGGUCACUAUUCCGGUCGGCGCCAGGGUCGUCGGCGAGGCCUGGUCCCAGAUUAUGGGGUACGGCAGUGCCUUCAAUGACGAAAAGAACCCCGUCCCCGUCGUGCGGGUGGGUAACCCGGGAGACGCUGGCGUGGUCGAAGUGUCCGACCUCAUGUUCACCGUCCAGGCACCGACGCCCGGCGCCGUGUUGAUCGAGUGGAACAUCAAAGAGAGCGGCCAGGGCAGCGCGGGCAUGUGGGACUCCCAUGUGCGUGUCGGCGGCGCCAUGGGCUCCAAGAUGCAGACCAGCGACUGCCCUGCGUCCAGCAGCAUUGACCGGGCUUGCGCCGCGGCAUCGAUGCUGAUGCACGUCACCCCUGGUGCGUCGGGCUACUUUGAGAACAACUGGCUGUGGGUGGCUGACCACGACCUUGAUAACCCGGCGCAGAGCCAAAUCAACGUCUUCUCGGCGAGGGGCCUCUUGGUGGAAUCCGACGGGCCAGUUUGGCUCUGGGGCGGCGCCUCGGAGCACUCGGUGUUCUACCAAUAUCAGCUUGCCAACGCGUCCAACAUCUUCCUCGGGCACAUGCAGACCGAGUCACCCUAUUUCCAGCCGACGCCCAACGCUCUCGAAGUCUUCACCUCGGGUGUGUAUCCUAGCGACCCCAAGUUCGAGGACUGCGCCGCGAACCCCCAGUGUCUUUUAUCGUGGGCCCUCAUCAUCAAGAGCUCGCGUGACAUCUUCAUCUAUGGCGCCGGUCUGUACAGCUGGUUCUCGAGCUACUCGCAGAGCUGUCUGACCGGGGAGAACUGCCAGCAGCGUCUACUCCAGACCGACUACUCCCAAGGCAUCUGGUUGUACAGUCAGUACACGAAAGGCGCACUCGAGGCUGUCUCCCCCCUCGGCGGCGUUCCCGCGGUACCGCAGGCCGAUAACCGAAAGGGCUUCGUGACCGCCAUCAGCGCCUGGCUUCCCUUGGCACUGCAAGGCGGAACCCUCGGCGGUGCUGUGGCUGCCGGGAACAAUCCAACGCCCGGCGGCAUUCUCCCCGUCCCCGGCUUGAGCGGCGCCUGUGGCACCAUCACGGCGGGCGCAACCAUGACCAUCACGCCGUCGUGUUCCAGCGCCAUCGCCGCCCUGCCGACUUCGGGUGCGAACAACAAGCCGCCGGGUCCCGCCAACUGCGGAGAGACGUGCGAUCUCUACCGACUCGUCACGGCCACCUGCUGCGGCACUGGGGGCUCCGCCCCGUUUAGUGUCGAGGUGCCCGCCGGCGUGGGGCUGCCUGCUCCCUUCCCGCUGCCUGCCGGCUUCCGGCCGCCGCCUGGUGUGGUCAUUAGCGUCCCAGGCUUCGACGCCUCCGGUAAGCCAACGACGACGACGUAUGACUCUGAUCAUCCAGUCAUUAUUCCCAUAAUUAUCCCCAUCGGUUGGAUCCCUGUGCCGGGUGCGGUCGGUGGUGGUGGUGGAGGUGGAGGAGGAGGAGGAGGAGGCGGUGGAGUCCCGGUCGGACCGCCGUUGAUCGCCCCACCGCUUGAUGAGAUCCCCGACGACCCGGACUACUACCUCAUCAUCAAAGAUGAAUUCGACAACAACGCCUGGACCAUACCCGACAUCACGACUGUACCACCGCCCGCGACCACCUGCGACAGUGCCUGCUGUGGCCUCCAGAAAGCCCCCUGGCAGCCCGACUGCGCCGCCAUCCAGAUUCCGGAUUCGCAAGACUCGGUCGCCGCGCUCAGUGGAACCUGUUGGGGCGAGGGCAACAGGAAAUGGUGCGAUGUUCUUACUCACGACUCGUGUGAGAUCAGCAUGGGAUGGGAUAUCACCCAGUAUCCUGAUGGACAGGGGCCAAGGUAG